AUAAUCAACGGUCAUUUAGUACCUAAAUAUGCCUCCCAAUUCAUGGCACCACAAAACGAUGCUAGGGCGAUUCAUGAUUUGCCCCCACUAAAAUGGGAUGUAAAGCUAAGGCAAUAUGCGCAAAGGUACGCUAGAAAAAGGAAAGAAGAUUGUGCCUUAGUCCAUUCUCAUGGCCCUUAUGGCGAGAAUAUCUUUUGGGGAAGUGGGACGAGUUGGAAACCUGUUCAAGCGGCUGUGAUGUGGGUCGAUGAAAGGAAUGACUAUAACCACACCACGGAUACAUGUACAGAAGGAAAAGAAUGCGGGCACUAUACUCAAAUUGUUUGGAAGAAUACCGAACGAAUUGGGUGUGCCCGAGUGGUGUGUCUUCAUGGCAAGGGUAUUUUCAUGACUUGUAAUUAUGAUCCUCCCGGUAACUACAUGGGAAAGCGACCUUAUUGAAACUUUUAUAUAAAACCA